ACUCCCCGCCCCUCAUCUAGCCUCCGGACCGCCCACUGCGCUUGACGUCAUCUUCCUCGAAAAGGGGCUACCCGAGGAGGCUGCGCGCGCGGCGGCGGCGGCAGCUUCCUCCGCUGUCACUCAGAGAGCUUGGGGACGUCUCAGGGUCAUGCGGCGGGGGAGUGCCCUGCUUAUUGACAUUGUUACAUGGUGGGACGCUUCGUCCCCUGUCCUCUUUUUACAAAAGGGGGAAACUGGAGUUCUAGGUGACAAAGUGAAGUCAUCAAAUAGCUUCAACUCAAGCACCCCGCUUUCAUUAAUAAGACUGGUUAGCUGCAUGGCCAGAUAAGCAGCAUCCUGCUAGCAAGAAAACGCCGAGUUGCAGCAUGGGUGAAAAGGCUUAUUACACUGCAGCCUAGAAUGGCAACCGCUGGGGAAGGCAGCCACCCUGUGAGCACAGUGCCACAGCCACUGAUGCAGGUCCAGGAGCUGGAGCCUCGGGUGGCCCGAAGACGCCUGUCCCAGGCCCGCCACCGAGCCACCAUGGCAGGGCUCUUCGACAGCCUGAGGAAGACUGUUUUCACCGAGUCUGAGCUCACAGCUUCGAAGUGGCAGGUUCUGAACAAAGCAAAGAAUCAUAUUCGGGAACUGGAAGAAACCCUGGAUAGUUUGCUGAAGCUGAAAGGAUCCUUCAAUCUGGAGGAUGGGAACCCCUGCAGCUUAGAGGAGGUUAAGGAAGAAUAUGCUGGAAUGUUCUCCAGAAAUGAGAGUUUGAUCUCAGAAAGUUUUCUUCAGAAUGGCUCCUUCCCCUGGUUCCCAACUGAGGCAGUCGAGAAGGACUUAGAAGGGGAUGAAGGUGAAGAAGAGGAAGAGGAAAACCAAGAAGAGGCAGAGGCAGAGGCAGAGGCAGAGGAAGAAGAGGAGAAAAAAGUGGAUCUCUUACACUCCCCCAUCACUUCACCGCCAGACCUCCUGGAAUUUGAGCGGUACCUCACCUUCUACAAGCAGACGAUGGACCUCCUGAUUGGGAAUGGCGUCGUCUCCUCACAGGAGGCCUUGCAGCCUGUCGUCUCAGCGGCCGUCUCCCACCUGUGGCAGACACUGUCUGAGGACGGGAAGACCAGUGUCCUGCAGAUCUGGGCCCAGUACCAUGGUGACCUCCAGAGCCUGGGCACCUGCCCGCAGCUGGCCUAUGCUGAGGACAGCGUGAAGGACAGCGGUGUGGACAGCCAAGGGGCCAGCUGCUCGCUGGUCUCCACCCCAGAGGAUGUCAUUUUGGAAGAUGUCUUUGAUGUGGCAAGUUUCUUUGACAAAAGUGAAUUUCUAAGUGCAUCUAACCUCAGUUCUGGGUUUGCCAGCUUCAACCAAGAGAACUCAGAGAAAAAGUUGCAGCUCUACCAGCAGAUCAUGGAGUUUUUAAAGGGCCUCUGCAGCAUCAGCUACGUUAACAAUCAAUUAAAACAGGAGGAACCAGCCCCUCCUGCUGACGAUGAGAUGCUAAUGCUGAGGUGUCUGGAGACCUUCGAUGAUGAGGAUUUGUGAUGGAGGAGGGCCAGAUGGGGAAGAGGCUGAAGGAGGUCUGCAGUUUGCAAGUUGGGAUGUGGACGGCCAUGUUUGUGCCUGCCUCGGCCUCCAGGACUCUUCCUAGCAGGCAUUUUGGUGUUUUUAGUUUCUGAAAGUUCUGACUGUUUUUAAUUUCUGAAAGUUUAAAAGAAGCAUGGCAAAAACAAUAAAAAUAAAACAAUAAAAUAAAAGAA